UAACACUUUGUCCGCAGAGUAGUUUGGGACAUCAGUAGAGAAAAACGCCGAGAUCAGCUCGGAGUUUCGAUAAAGAAAAUAUUCGUUCUGCUCGACAUUUUCAAACAUAGAUUUAGGUUUCAAUGGUAAAAAUGUCAAAACUACAGUCGGUCAUUAUCGUCUGCGUCGCAAUUGCCUACUUAUGUCUCGAAAUCAGUGCCACCGAACCUGUCGCUCUCACAAGGCAAUGGGCUAGUGAUUACACCAACUACAAACCCUACGUCGUCAAGGUGAAAGACCAAAUCAUCGUCGUCGGUUUGCGCAAUAAUUCAGUCAUUCUGACGUCCGUCAAUGGCGUUGAGAUCAACACCUGCAAUUUUUCACUCUCGAGCCCUGAUAAAAUCGCCAAGCCUGUGGCCAGACCCGUAGCUCUGGGCAAUGGCAAGCUCGUCAUUGGUACCAUUAUGAGAUCAUCAGACAACAACAAAGAUCUGAAGGAUGAUGAGGUGCACGCAUGGGAGCUGUUCGUAAUCGUCGACCCACACGACUGUUCGAAAACCAAGACGCUCGAGGUAGACAACAAAGGAUGGCAUCUUAUGCUCGCUAGCCUGGUGCCGUACCAUGACACCUUCGACCUGUUCUUCGAUGGCCGUGAAAGGAACGUCAGUGACGAGGUGGUACCGGAGUCACCCCGGCGUUUCAAUGACCAAGCCGAACCUGUCCCCUUGGACCACCACUUUGGACCAGAGACCGCCAUCUGGGGCUUCCUCAUCGAGUCGAUUAAGCCAUACGACGCCUCCGAGGGCUACGUCUGCACACUCGUCAAUCGAACCGACAACACCAUGAAACUGAAGCGUCUGGAUUCAAAGUUCCAGCUGGUCAAAGAGACACAAGUCGAACCCUGGGCCCACGUCAUGUCAGCGAGGUUCGGAAAAGUCAGCCUCUGCUAUCUCGCGGCUAAUUUCGUCACUCAGACCUCCAGCAAUGGUAGUGAAGAGACGAUAAAAAAAUUAACUACUACUUGCGACUUCUACGAUGUCAAGGAUCUGAGUCAUCGAGGCUCGGUUAGGUCAUUCGAGCCGGACAGCGCUUAUAACGAAAGUGAAGUUGGCGUAGUCAACCUGCCGGAUGGCAGCGCGGUUGCUGUUCUCGCUUUUGGAGACAAUACUUUGGUCAAGGAUACCGGAUACACGACGAAGUAUUAUCUGCAGCGUUUUAACGUGGAUGGAAGCAAAGGGGAGGCUGUACAUGUCGGCACAGAUACGAACCACUUUUACUUGAUGAAAGAAGUGUUGUUGGACGGUGGUGCUGAGGUUUGUUUAAUCGUCAUGGGUGAAAAGACACCGUCUAUCUCUGCCAAGAGUUAUAGGAUCGAAGUUAGUGGCAAGUGCGUUGAUAUGUCGAAAAGAUAGAAAAAAAGUUGUGUUUGGUUCGUUAGAAAAAUAAUUAUGUUUUGUAAUGACAAUAAUUUUAGUUUUUUUUAUGGAUGAUUAAAUUUAUAUAAAAUAACAUUGAAAACCAAUUUUAUUUUUCCUUCUUUAUGUCUGAUGAGAUACACAAAGUCUUAAUUGGAAUUUAGUUUGUUUGUAUCAGAAUCGAAAAAAAAUAAAAAACUGCGGUGAUAUUCAUGAUGAAUAAUGUAAGUAAAAGAUUUGCGAAAGCAUCACGUUGAAAUAUAAACAAAUAAACACAAACUCACCAAUUA